AUGACACAGAUUUUCACUCCCAUAGAGGAUGCCCUCGCUGCUUUCAAGAAAGGUGAAUUCUUGGUUGUAAUGGAUGACGAAGAUCGAGAAAAUGAAGGUGAUUUGAUCAUGGCCGCAGAACUAAUAACUCAACAGCAAAUGGCAUUUUUAGUGCGUCACUCGUCCGGGUAUGUUUGCUGUCCAUUGUCAACUGAACGCGCUGACAAGUUGGAGUUGCGUCCCAUGAUUCAGAACCAAACGGAUAGACAUGGUACUGCAUAUACCGUCACUUGUGAUGCUGCUGAUGGAACUACAACCGGUAUAUCUGCUCAUGACCGUGCGUUAACUGCAAGAUCACUCGCUAACAAGGACUCCAAAUCUGAAGAUUUCAUUAAGCCGGGUCACAUUGUUCCGUUGAGAGCUGUUCCUGGGUUAUUGAACAAGAGAAGAGGACAUACUGAAGCUGCUGUUCAAUUGUGUGAAUUGACUGGAUUACAACCGGCUGCUGUUAUUUGCGAGUUGGUGAGAGAUGAGGAUGGGUUGAUGAUGAGACUUGACGAUUGCGUAAAGUUUAGCAAAGAGCACAAUAUCAAAAUCAUCAAUAUCAAUCAAUUGGUUGAUUACAUUAGUAUUUAA